UAUACUUGGGUAUUGUGGCUGCAAAAACACAUUAUUGGAUAAAAAUGGAAGAUGACAAUACCACGCUUGCAACGCCCGCUAGUGACAGCAUGAUGGCAAACUAGCUAACACAGUUGGAAUAAUGUCCUCCGUUUCUUGUCAGCCGAACACUGAAAACAACGGUACCCUUCCUCUCCGCCUGCAAGGUUUUGAGGCGGGUAACAGUAAUGAAGGUGCAAUAUUGGGACUAUGUUAUGCUUUCAUUUUUUAUCGGCUGUACAACACUUCUCCAUCAACAUCUGCAACAGAUGCACACUCAUCAUCAUCGAUAAGUAUUGGGAAAGCAGUUGGUACAUACAACAGAACUAUGGCAUGGAUGGCUGGGUUCUUUGUUUGUUGUGGUUUAAUUCUGUACCUGAUUCGGAGACACCAAGCAGAAUUACGAUUUCUUCAGGUUGUUCUUUUGAUAGUUCUGACAAUCAUAUAUCUCAGUGAAUUGGGAGGUAUUUUUUCGGGGAUUCUUGUUGAAUUCGGCUCUUCAGCGUGGCCUCUCUUCUUGUUUGCUAUGUCUGUAUCUCUUGGCCUUUCCUUCGUUUGUUCUUCAGUCGGAUUAUUUUAUGUUCGAUGCACUCAACGCCACCCAAGAGAUGGAGUGCUGAAUCAAGGAGUAGAAUUGCAACCACACCAAAACAAUGCAGUAGCCGCCAUGGAACCGCCUCGCCAAAACGAGGGAAUACUGAAAUUAGUCUCCAAUGCUAUCAAUUUUAUAAAUACAACAUUUGGCGGAUCAGCUUCAUGAAUUAUGCUUGCUUUAUUAAUAAAAUAUUUGUACCAUUUUUGUAUAUAUCUUCUUUAAACACUCGGGACAUUAAAGAUAAUAGGAUGUAUACAAAGAUAAAACGUAUAAAUAUUUUUCUUCUUAUUAAUAAAGUAAGUAUAAUUUAUUAAAGAUAAAUCGUUUUUCUUGCCUCGAUCCGCAAUUUAUGAUUGGGAGUGCCAUCAUGUACAAAUACCAUCUUUCUGGUUUACAGUAAGGACCGUUUUAUUUUCCUGUCUUGUUUAAUUUGUAAUAUUUCAGUCAUUCGGUGUAUGCAUGCAUGUGUGAAUGUCCUUGAUGAAGAGAUUAUCAUCUU